AUGAAAGAAACCAACCCUAAGGCCUCGUUUAUGCAUGAAGAUGAUGAAGAGGAUGAGGUGAUUGGUGAGUUCAAUACUUCAAGCGUGGCCACCAAUUUUUCCAUGCGUAGACAGUUGGCUAAAUUAAAAGCAAAAAAUAAUGAAGAUGACAACAAUCAACAGGACUCUUCCAUUCUUUCUUCCGACGAGAAUGCAAUCAAUUCCGUAGAUAAUACCAUUCCUGAAGACUCCUCAAAUAAUAUUGAAGAAGAAAAAAUAGAAGAGGAAGAUGACAGAGAAUGGAUUAAGGAUUUUUCAAAAAAUCGUCAAACCUAUUACAACAAGAUUAUCAGUGAAUUUGAUUUAUUACAAGAAAAGUUGAGAGACAAAACUCAGCCAUUUACAUUUCAAAAAGUCACCCAUAACAAAAUUUGUCAAACUGAAACUGAUUGGGAUCAAGUUCUAUCCCAAGACACUAAAAAUUAUAUCAAUAUUUUAAGGAAUGAAAUUGAAACACUUGUUGAAAAGCACAUUACAAACGAGUCUCAAAUGAAAAAGAAAUACGAGUCACAUUUGGAUCAAUUAAGAAAAUUCAACAUGGAGCAGUUCAAGCAUUUACAAUCAAAGUGUGAUGAGCUUACAAACAGAGAAUUCGUUUCUGUGGAGGUGAGAAUUAAGAACGAACUUGACAAGCAAGAUUACAAAUACAGAGCAGAAAUCCACAAUUUCAAAACAGAGUUGGCAAGCUUUGUGGAGGCGUUUUUGAAAAGAGAAUUUAAAAAUUACGUGGACAACUUGUAUUACUCGUAUGGAAAAUAUUUUGAUAUCAGCAAGCGGCUCUCAACCUACUCUACACAUGAUGGCUACAGAGAGGAGUACAUGUCUCUUGUAAAGAACCUUAAAGUUUGUCAACCUCUCGAUUUCAAUGCCAAAGUUAAGGCUCUGAAAGAAGCCAUCCUCACCAAAUCUCAAUUUGAUCCAGUGACCUGCGAAAAAGCAAGUCAAGCGGAUGAAUCAAGCAUAUUUAUUGAUCAAACCAUUCUAAUGAAACAGCUCAGCUCUCACUACAGAGAGCAAGGUUGUCUGGCGAAACCUCAAGUAUGGGACGUAGGAUGUCAAACAAAACCGAGCCCUCUGACCGUCUCACCACCUCAACCUGUUGUUGAAACAGCACCAACCAUUGACAAAUCUGAUUCUGAAGUACCAAGCAAGCAAGAAGCAGCAAGACCAGUCAUUAGGGCGUCACCAUCCCGAAGUUCAUUGAUCAUACCUAAUCCAAAUAAUAACUCGAGCACAUCACCGAAACCCACUCUAACUCGAGAAAAAUCGGCUUCAUACCUUAGAAAAAAGUUUGUAGAGGCUGCUAGGACAUCUGUGAAAAAUCUUAAAAACAUGUCGUCGAGGAAUCUAAAUCAGAUAUCCAAUGCUCCACCUGCCAAAGAAAAGAUUGAAAUUAAGGAAGCACGUCUUAAUAAUGACAGAAACAGGAGUAUUAAUGGCAGUAUUGAAACUGCUCCACAACAACAAGCUUUGAAUAACAGCAAUGUAAUUAGCCAAGAAUCAGAUUCAAAGGUUGUCAUUGUUCACGAUCGUGACGCAUCACCUCCGUUACAGGAAACAUCAAACGAAGAAACGCAACUCACCCUCGAGUCUCAACAAGAGACGGCGAUCAACAGUGGGAAAGAAGAAGAAAAGACAGCUCCACCAGAAGAAGACCCAUUGCCACCUCGAGCGCCAACACCCACUUCCUCAACCAUUCAGGCAAUACAUCAAGAACCAACUGUCAAUUCCAUAGAUAUGAACGAACAAUUUCUGUCAAAGCAACAGCAGCCAUCGUCAAAAUCAUCCUCUCGUCAAUCGGAAAGAGGCAAAGCCAACACGCCAUCUCCUCCCUUAAAUCAUGCUACUCCAAUUCCACAAAAAUCUCAAACCAGUGAGACUUCACAGCAACAUUCAACUCCAUCUACCUCUCGUUCUCAAGCUAGCAAGUCCUCGGCCAAACAUCGGCCAGUAGAAAAACCACCUUCCCAUUCAUCCACGAACAGAAGCUCUCACUCAGGAAAUCUACAUGGCAACAAUCACAAGAAUUCUUCGUUUCUACCCAAGAUUGAUAGGAACGGCUCGUCUAAGGAAGAAAAAAGACCUCAUCACACAAAUUCUCAAGUUAGCGAAGAACUGUCAUCAGCAAGAACCACCACAUCAUCAAAACACUCUCACUCUGUACACAGCUCAAAACCCACUUCUCCUGUUAUUGUGAACAACACAGCACCUAGUGUCAAACUGCCACGGCUAGAAUUACCCAAAAACAAAUUUGAAACAAUUAACGAUUCUGAAGCGCCCAAAGAAGAGAAUAUGGACACUCAACGAACGGAUUCCUCCUACGCACGGCUUUCAACUGAGAGAUCUCUGAUUAAGAAUAGCGUACCAAGUAGCGUAGCAAAGAAACAAGUUCGACUCAAUACAAACGAACCAACUAAUACCAUUUCCAAACCAAAGAAAAAGAUUCCAAAAAUUGAUGAUCAUAACACGAAACCAAAGAUCUCACAAGCCAAUUUAUCACCAGAGGAAAUGGAAAUUUUGAAAAAGAUGAAAUCUAGAGUUGGAUUUUCUAUUGACGAUCAUUUACUACCUGUGUACGCAGACAUUUUCAAAAGAGCUUCGUUAGUGCUGGCCCCACACCACGUCUCCAAAUUUACAUUGAAGCAAAACGAACACCAUAUUGUUAAUCAUCAUCUUUUCCCUGAAAGCCUUGACUCUCUCAACAAGUUACUCGAAGCUCCCAAAACUCCACAUCUUUCUUAUUUGAGCCCAAAGAGAAAGGACUCGUUUGAGAUAGAGUAUGAAAAGCUUUCUCGUUUCGUGAACUACUUAAAAGAAUCCUUUAUGAAGAAGGAAGAAUUGCUGAAAACUCAGGUGGUGAAUAUUGAAGAAAAAUUAUCAUCCUUACUCAAGAAUCAUGACGAAGAGCGAUUGAAUCGAGAACGUUUAAUACAAGACCAAUCACAAUCCAUUGUGAAACUUUCGAAUGAAAACAUUGCACUCAUGCAGAAAAUUGAACACCUUAAUAAGCAUAUACAAGACAUUACGAAAGGAAAUUGGAAGUAUGAUGUUGAUAAGAAGGAAUUGGUGUAUGUGAAAUAUGAAGACCUUGUGUCACAACAGCAUCAUCAUUUAUAUGAACAUUCCAAAUAUACGCCAUCACGAAGUAGUAACAAUGCUAGCAACACGAAUCGUCACGCACCCACUUUAUCUACUCAAUCCUCUCAAUCCUCUCACACCUUUAAACAACAACCCUCUCUCUAUCCCUUCUCUAAUUCCCUAACCAGACAAUCUUCCUCUCUCAUAUCCUCUCCAAGAAGUUUAGCUUCCACGAAUAGCAUGAAUUAUUUGUAA